AUGAUUAAUAAUACGAAGGAGAGCACCGAUCUGUAUACCCCAGAACAAGACAACUGGGUGCAAUGUGAUCGGUGUGAAAAAUGGAGGAAGCUUCCCGUCUACAUUGACAUGAAUAAUUUGCCCAAAAUAUGGUACUGUAAUUUGAAUACGGAUACUAGGUAUAAUUCUUGCGAUGUAGAAGAGGAAGUAGCUACUAAUAAUUCAGACUUGGGAAAAAAUUUCCUUUCAGGGCACUUCAAUGUUGGCUAUGUUGCCUCUGAGCUGGAAAGGGGCCUACAAACAAACGGUGUUAUUCAUACCGAUGAACGCAGUAACAUAGCUGCUAGUGCCAUCGACCCCAGUGUUUGUGCUCAUCAUAUCGAAGAACAGUAUUCAGUGGGGGGAGAAUCCUUCCACGUGAGUAAUUCCCACGCCGAUGUUACUAAGGCGCAUGAUGAGGCCAACGCAUUUGUGAUCAAGGGAUCCCACCAUAGUAAUGUCAACCAUGGUAGUGCUAACCGAAGCAGCAGUAAUCAUUUCAGUGAUGGCAAAAAUACACACAUGGGAAGUAACGAUAAACAUGUGGAUGGCCAUCUCAGCAUGCACACAAAAGGGAAGAGCGAAAAAGAACGCGCGAUGUUACCGAAGAAGCCGCUAAAGCGGGAAGAAGGGGACAAGGGAAGUGGAAUUCCAAGGGGGAAUAACACAAAUCGUGAAGUGACCCCCGUCCCCAACCAUGUUAAUGUUAAUGACAGUUAUUUGAAGCAGGCUGAGGGGGAAGACGAAGAGCGCAUUCCCACCUGUAAGCCAGAAGAAAACGUCCCCAAUGUAGUCACCAAAGGUGGGAAGAAGGAAAAUAGGGACACCAAUAAAGGCACCAGUAAAGUCACCAGUAAAGGCACUAAUAAGGGCACUAAUAAGAAAGCCUAUAAGAUUGCUAAUACGAGUAGGCGGAAGGACCUGCGAGCGCGGCACAAACGAAACAACAGUGAUGGAGAGAUAUAUGAGAACCAAAAACGCAAGAAGCAGUUUCCCCUGCACAGGAUGCACGUGAGCGAUACAGAUAUGAACACAGCGGACAACGUAAAAAGGUACAAAAAUUUUAAAAAAAAUGUAAGCAGCGGCGCCACCCCGUUUUAUUCCUUUAUGCACUCAAUCGUUAACAUAAAUUUGAAAAAUAAAAUUAAGAAGUCUUUGGGGAAGGAAAAAAAUAAAAAGAAGGGAAAAGAAGAAUUCCCCAGGGGAAUUUCGACCUGCGAAGUGAAGGAAAAAAGGGAAGAUAGUGAUGCAAAUGAGAACAGGGUUAAUGUGCCAAUAGAUAAAAAAAGUGCUAAAAAAAAAAAAAAAAAAAAUGACGACGUGGAUCAGGGAGAAACCAGCUGCAACGUGGAGAGGAAAAAAACCCAGAAGAAAAAAAACGACCGAGCGGAUGGUCAAGCGGAUGGUCAAGCGGAUGGCCAAGCGAAUCCCCAUCUGGACGACGACUCGCACAGUGCUGUUAGCUGGGAUAGAGGGGUGCCAAACGGGGGAGGCAACCUCCAGAAUGAUAAGUGGGACAAAACGAAUCAUCGCUUCGCCAAAAAGGAAGAAGAAGCAGAAGAAGAAAGGGGCCACAUACACAAUGAGGCUUAUUCCCACACGGACGUGGCGCAAAAUCAUAUGACCGUGCCAAGCAGGUCUCCUGGUUUAGGAAAAAGUAACUCACCCAAGAAGGAACACCACGAUGUACCUUUUGACAGUGCUCCUUCGAAUGACCAAUCCAAUUGCACCUUCCUGACUGAACCGAACAAUGUCGUUGCGGAAAAUGCAGGUAACUCCACCGAGGGAGUAUAUCCAAGCAACAGCGGCAGUCAGACAGUGAACGGAACGAAUACCACCCCCUCCAACAAUGUAGUUAAUUGGGUCCAGUGUGAAAGCUGCAAAAAGUGGCGGAAAGUGGACGCACAUAUUAAUAUAAACCUGUUACCAGACGAGUGGUAUUGCCACCUUAACUUCUGGAGCAGUUACAACAACUGCAAAAUGGAGGAGGAAAUAUAUGUUGAGGAAAAUCUGAACGGAGGGUUGGAGCACAGCUUGGACAAAGCUCAACAAGGGGGGGUACCUAUGCAGGAGGAAAUCAUCCCCUCUAUGGAAGGUCCAAAAGGAGACAAAAAGGGUAAGCGGAAUGAGAAGAACCAGCUAAACGAACGGGCUAACAAGAUGGAUCACCCGUCGAAGGGACAUCCUUUGCAAUUCUCAGAAAAAGCCAACCCCGCAUCGAAAGGAAAGUCAAGUAAAAAGAAUCGAAAUGGCAUCAACCCUGUCAUUAGCAAUAGUGAUGUGAUCAAAAGGGGAGAAAAAAAAAACACCAUGUCGAGUAAGUCAAAUAAGAAAGCAGCCAAAGGAGACCAUUCUUUUGUAAAAAAUUUGGGAGGAAGUAGUUUGGAUAAUUUCCAGAAUAGCAUCUUCAGCGAAUAUAUGACCAAUCAAAGGGAUGACAACGCUGUCCCGUUCAGUAGUGAACAUGAACUGCUCGACACUGUGAGGGCUGACCAGUUCUAUAACCCCAUCCUUAGGGAGAGUUAUCACAUGCCAAUAAACUGUGGAGAUGUGAACUCUUCCCUUUUUAGAACUAACGGGGGAGACAACACUCACUGCAACGAUAGUGACAUAAUAAUGCGCUAUGGGAAAAGGGCCGAGACGCAGGAGACUCAGGAAACGCAGGAAACACAGGAAGAAUUGUUUAAUAGUUUGUCACGCGCAACAUCGGGGUCGCAUAGAAGGCAUAUGCUGGGGCAUUCCAAAAGGGAGGAAUCUUACAAAAGUGAACUCCAAAGAAGUAGUAGUUCCCUCGAGGGGAAUCGCUUAGCAGCGGACCCCAUUGAAGCCACCCCCCGUGAAGGAACAUCACAAGGGGGAAACAACCCCAUGGAUGUAUUACAGGGUGCUAGCAAAUUCUGGCAUUUGUUAAACAGUGAAAAAUUAAGUUACUACUUAAGCAAUACCAAUAUGUAUAAGAUGUUUCACUCUUUGCCAAAAUAUGACUACCAUGGGAAUGGGGGGGACAGUACAGUCAAUGAGGAGGUCUUCCCAGAACCCCCCAUGGAGAAUAAAAACACAGGCGAUACAACUUCACAUUCCACUGUUCAUCCCGAUGCCCCUUUGUCGCAUUACUCGUUCGUAUGCUCAGAUGAAGGAAAGGCGAAAAGGUGCAACUCGUUUGACGUGCGGAGCAGCACCAACGAAGUCACCUCCACUGAGGAGAACGUGACCAACCUCGGGGAGCGGAACUACCUUUCGGAUAGCGUUCUCCAAAUAAGGAAACGCAAAAGGGAAUUCAUGAAGAAAAAUAGUGAAUACCGUUCCGCAGAUCCAGUCUCCAAACCGUGGCAUUUUCUUCUUCAUAGGGGUGAAGAUAACCACCAAGGUGGAACCAUCCCUGGAGAUUACUCUUCCGACAGGUACAACCGUUCCUAUGCACCCGUGAGAAGUGAAUGCAGAUCCUCCUACCCUGGGGCACAACCUGCUGCGUGUGGGGAAAAGAUCGUGAGGUACCUUUCGCUCCACACGGGGAAGGAUCACUACGUCAACCCGUUGGAGAAACUGAACACCACCGUGGAGGGUUACCAACGCGACCAUGAAGAAGGCAACGACCGAAAAAGCAGCUGCUCAUACCAGUACGAAUACCGCUAUGGUGAUGAUCAUCCGAAAGAGUACACCAAGGAUGACGCCGAACUGUGCGACAUUCUGGUGCAGAGACUGCAAAGUGAUAAGUACAAGGGGACCGUCAUCAACAGAAAUGCACACCUUGGGGUUCCCUAUGGAAUGUAUGGAAGGAGUGCCACAGACAGCCACAUCGUGGAGGAGAACUAUGAUGGCAUCCACCAGAAUAAUAACUCCGACGGGGGUGUAAGCAAGGGAAGUAACAUCAACCCGAAUGAUGAAGCAAAAAUGGAAAGCAAUUUCGGGGGGGAAAAUAACCCCCAAAUUAAUCACACCAAUCACAACCGGGAGAAGGAUAACCUAAUUGUAUCCCACUACCUCCGUCACGGUAUGGGUGAUAAGAAAGAGGAAGAGUUGGAGGGCUUGCAGAAUUAUCGUCUCUCCAGUGUUAACAUGAAGGUAAACGCCCAAGUUGAGGUGGAACCCAAUUGCAGACCAUUUAACGAUUUGAAAAUUUUACCAAGUGGAGCGAAGAAGAACGCCUUUUUGGAAAACUCAACCAUUUUCAAAGGAGAAGAAAAGGAAGUCCAUCAAUACGUUAGUCAUGUGGAUCACUUGAAAAAUACGUAUGAACAGAUAUACACAAACGAACAGAGCAGUGAUAACCUUUUGCCGAGAAUGUUAAAGAGCAAAUCGUUAAGUAAUCUUGAGAAGAGGCCAUACUUCCAUGUGGAUCGAAGUGAGCGAAAUCUUCUUCCCAUUCAUAAUAACAAUACAAGCAUACCGAAGAGCAGUUCCUACAAUAGAAUAAAUUCAGGUGACUAUUUUGACCUGCGUCCAGGGGGAGUUACCAGUGAUUACUACCUGGGGAAGAAUUCCAUGGGUAGUCAGGUGGACAACUCCAUGAGGGACAUCUUUUUAAGUAAUUAUUAUGCCAAACUGGAAAGUGAAAAAAUUGAUACUUCCAUCAAAAGCGAUAUGAACAAUUUAACAUCGGAUGAUUAUAUGAAGAUAGGAGAGUACCUCCGAAGAGGGAGAAGAGAUCAUAUAACACAGGGUGAUUAUUCUUGUUUGAAAAAUGGCACCAAGGAGGAAGAGGAAGAAGUAGGGCGUGAUAUUAAGGGGUCCAUCUCCCCUAGUGAUAAUUCCUUUCUCAGCAGCAGCUACUUUAGUAGCCUCCCCAAUGCGUACUCCUUUGACAAGCUGAUGAUGAAAAUACCUCGUAGUGAAGAGAUGGUCGAUAGCAACCAUACCAAUACCAGUGAAGCUGAUAUAGGAUUGGGAUUUAACAGGGACGUGCACAUCCCCACGGGUAGAAACACCACAGCGAAUGUAAAUAAGCAGAUGAAAAGGAACGCCCAAGCGAGCGCAAAAAAAAGCGCCCACAAAGGUUCUACCAUUCUGGGGAGUAAGGACGCGAAUAGUAGGAAAACUGCCAAGUGCGCCUCCCAGGAUAUGGGACCCCCAGAUAGUAAAGCUAAGAAUGGGAAGAUGAAGACCAACGACGUGGUCAGUGGCUCCACCAGGAGGAAAGCAGUCGACAAAGUCACGGAGAAGGAGAAAAAGAAGCAAGAUAAAGAGGACAAACAGGAUAAGCUGGAUAAGCAGGACAAGCAGGAAAAGUCGGAAAAACAGGAUAAGCCAAACAAACAGGACCAAUACAACGAGUACACCACGUUCAGCAUGGACUACAACGAAAAUAAAAACAUCAUUAAGGAACUCAUUCGAAAUAGGAGUAACCUGCUAGGAGAGUCCACCCCCAGGGGAAGCAUCCUGUCGAAGUCACCCCACGUGGGACCGCUACUUCAUAGUGAGUCCAUCGAAGGAGGAAAAAUAAAAACGACUAUAUUGAAUGCCAAGAAUUUAAAGAAGCACAUCCUAAGCAACCGAGUGAUUAUAUACUCCAAAGGAGUAGCCAUCGCAUAUAAUGUAGACGAAAUAAAUAAGAACAGCAUUUUCUUCUACACCUUUGAAGAAGGCAACAUUAACGGUAACUUCAACAAUGGCACCUCCGUCAACGGGGUUAUCACAAACACAACCGCAAACCACAACAGCAGCAACAACAACACCCACAUUAAUAGCAACGCCAAGAAUAGAAGAAAUCACGACGACUUUAAUAAGGAUACACAAAAAGAAGCGGAAAACAGUAACAUCUAUUUUAACUAUGCCCACAACAUAAACUUUAGUGAAAAGAAAAAUACAGAAAAGAGCAAAAGCAAAAAAGUUACCACGUCUGUUCUUAAUUAUGACUACAAAAGGAUUGUUGACGAAGUGGGUCUUUUUAACAGCAACGUAAAGUUGCAGAUACCUCAGCUGAAAUAUAAGUUUAAAAGGUACGUCCAUCUGGAGGAGGAUCAGAACGAUGGGAAGAAGGACCAAGGGUAUAAUGCCACGGAGGGACUACCACCAAACAUGACAAGUGAGCCGAAUGGGGUAAAUGCAAAGCUGCACAGCGUAGCCACCCCCUGCAUCACUACCGACGUGAAAAAGAAGAAGGAGAAAAAGAAACAAACUGUGCUGAAAAUGCAAAAGGAGGGACCCUCCAUCGGAUUGCCUGUAAAAGAAGAAAAGGGGUCGAAGAAAGGAAAACCGUCCUCCUCACUUGGUAAGAAGCCCUCUGCGAACGACACCUUGAACGGGUUCCCUUCAUUGGGCGAAAAUGAAAAUGCAGAUAGGAGUAAUCGCUCCGGGAAUACUGCUUCCCCAGUGCGGAACGGUAGCAACAGUAGGAACGGCAAACACGGGGCACACGAACCGUGGGAAUCGUAUGUGCCGCCUGAACACCACGAUGAUGAGAACACAGCAAAUGGAUGGGUCAACCCAGAUGUUAAGGAAGAUAUCCCCGCCAACCAACACAAAGCGAACAAAAAAACGAACAAAGGGGCAUUCACGGAGAGAAGCUCCGCCAAUAGGGAAACACCUCGAAAUGACCGAAGUAGCAAAAAGAAGAAAAAAAAAAUUGUGCCAAAAAAUGCACAAAAUAAUAUGCAAGAAGAAACCCACAUGGUGGAGAAGGAUGAAAACGCCGAGACGAAUGAACCGGUUGCCAUUGUGGGCGGAGAUGAAGAUGAUCCACAGAAGAUGCACGAUGUUACGCAUAGUAACCCCCAGGAAAAAACACACAAUGACCAUGUUAGUAAGAGGAAAGACAGUUAUAAAAGACAAAUAAACCUAAUAAGUGAUGUGAAAAAGGAAGAACAGCCAGAUUGUUCGAGCUCCCUUGCCGAAUCUUCCAAAGAGCACGAUGAGGAAAGGAGCGAUUAUGAAGUUGAACCGAAUGGAUCAAAUAGGAAUGACUGUGAUCGUGAGGAUAGUAGCAAUUCUACUGCGUUAUUGGAAAAUAACCCCUUUGGUGAUAUUCUGGAUGGGGAGAACAAAGCGACGAGUGACCAUCAUCAAAAGGUUCAUUCAGCGGAGGAAACCCCCAUUAGUGCAAAGAAAAAAAAGAAAAAUGUAAAUAACGAUAAGGAUAAAUUCGAUGGAAUUACCUCCUCCGGAACUGACACACGCGUGCCGACGAAAAGAAGGAAGACAACCGAUGAGCAUAUCGAUGAACGAUCAGAUGAAAAGGAUAACAAAGAGGAGACCACCACUCCAACAGGCAAAUUAGCAUCUAUCAAAAGGGACAGUAAGGAGGAGGAAGAAGAAGCAAGGGAAAAUUGCCAUGCAAAAGAUUCGGACGAACGAAGCAGCCUUAAGAAGGGGUACACUCCACACAGUGAAAACGUAAAGGGGGAAAAUAACACCAUGGGUAUUCUGCAAAUCCCAUUGCAAACAGAGGAGCUUCUUCAUCGUAAGGCUCGCGCGAAAAAAAUAAUUUAUGACGAUGAUGAGGAUGACCAGUGUGAAGUGAAUAGCCAGGAGAGCCCCAAUGGGGUAGAAACAACAGGGGUAGGACAAGAUCCGCAAGGAAGCAAUUUGAAUGGGGAAGUCGAAACGGAUACGUCGUGCCAUAAGGAGGUUAAUAAGAGCCAUCCCGAACGGGUAAUAAAACAAGCAGAAAAUAAUCAUCAUGCUGAAUGUGAGAAAGGUACUUAUCGUAAGCGUAAACUAAACGAAGAGCUAAAAGGUGACAAUCGAUCGAGCAGCAAGGGGAAAGAGCAUGUGUUGUAUCCUCGGGAUGAGACGGUCCGUCUACACAAGGAGAGGCAUUCCUCCUAUAGUCCUAUCAGAAUGGUCCAUCGUUAUGAUGAAAUGACGGAAAGAAGAGACCAAAGGAAAGAGCACACAUCGAUGGUACCGAAAAGGAUACACAGGGAGGAGGAUAACGAAUCUUCUACGACGAACAGGAAUGGUGCAUUCUAUGAGGGAGAAGCAAACGAACGGGUUCACCAUUACGAACACGGCGAAGGUGACCCCAAGGGUUACCACAAGAAACCAAGAAUACACGAAUACAAGCAUGACAGAGGUGAUGAUAGGGAAAUGUGGCAACACAAUUCCAGGGGGCAUUAUGUAAAGGGUCGUUAUGACCACAGUGAAGAGAGGCGAAGUGUGAACAGCCGGGACAAUCGGAUGUCGUACUCCCCCCCCGUCGAUAGGUACGAGGAUGAGCGCAGAGGUAGACAUACCGAUAAGUACAGUGAAAAGUACUUCGACAGGUACAAAGAUAAACACAGUGGAAGGUACAAUGGCAAGCACGGUGAUAAAUACGGCUACACGCACCAUGACAGAUCGGGAAAAUUCGACAUGUACGAUCGCAGGGACAAGGGAUACACUGCUCACAACGGGAACUCCCCGAGGCGCGAAAUAUAUACAAAGUAUGCGAACGAUUAUGACCACGAACACCAUAGGAGAUAUGAGAAGCACAGUCGAUACGAGAAGCACGACCGCUAUGAUAACCGAGCAAACAAAUACGACCCAAGAAACGAAAGGAUGGAAGAAAAUUCUAGGAGGCAUGAAAACGAACAAUUUAAGAACCCUAACUAUGACAAGAGGCAUAAUGCUAACACAACCAUUCGCAACAGUAACCGCAGCUCCCUUAACCGAAACAGCAUCCAUGCGGAAGAUGCAGAGAGGGAGCUCCCAAAUGGGAAUUAUAAAAGGGAAAGGGAGGAACGGGAACGGUUCGAAGGAAGAGCAGACGAACAAGAAAACAAUAAAUACACAAGGUACGCAGAAAAAAAAAGUCGGUACGACUAUGCGGAAAAUGACUACAAAGGAGGAAGGUACAUGGACAACAGCGAUAAGGAUGACAAAUAUUUUGGCAGAAGGAAUAAACAGAAUAAUCACCACUUUGAGGAGAAUGAACAUAAGCAUUAUGCAAGUGGCUACAAUGGAUACGGCAGUCAGGGAGACAAGUUCCACCAGCAUGGAGGCUACCAUGGUGACCACUACAGUCAUCACAAUCACCACGACCGCCAUUACCACCGCCACGGCCCCCCCAGCAAUAAACUCAUUAACAAGAGCUACAAAAAUUAG